AUGGGAGCUCAAAAGAAAAUCAAAGUGGAAUGCCUGGAAACAGAGAGGGCUUGGGAAUUGUUCCAAGACAAUGUUGGAGAUGAAACUCUUAACAGUCAUCCAGAUAUUCCGAACCUAGCUAAACAAGUAGCUGAAAGGUGCGGUGGGCUGCCUCUUGCACUAAUUGCAAUCGGUCGUGCCAUGGCUUGCAAGACAACACUUGGGGAAUGGAAUUAUGCAAUUGAGAUGUUGAAGCGAUGGGCAUUGCCAAAAAUGGAAAAUGAGGUAUUUUCACUUUUAAAAUUCAGUUACGAUAAUUUGCCUAAUGCCACAAUGAAAUGUUGCUUCCUAUAUUGUUGUUUGUAUCCUGAAGAUUAUUGUAUUCCCAAAAAGAGAUUAGUGGAGUAUUGGUUUUGUGAAGGGCUAUUGAAUGAAUUUGAUAGAAUCAGUGAAGCUCAAAUGCAAGGAAACAACAUUAUCAACUCUCUUUUGAAUGCUUGUUUAUUGGAAAAUGGUGGUGAAAUAGAUGGAGAAGAUUGUGUGAAGAUGCAUGAUGUGAUCCGUGACAUGGCUUUAUGGAUUACACACGAGUUCGAAGCAACAGAGGAUAGGUUUUUUGUAAAAGCAGCGGCUCAAUUAUUUGAAGAACCGGAUGUUAAGGCAUGGGAAAGUGUAAAAAGAAUGUCAAUCAUGGCAAAUAGGAUUCAAGUUCUCAAAGAAACACCCAAAUGCCCUAACCUUCGAACCUUGUUUCUUAGCCAGACUGAGUUGCAAGUGAUUAGCAAUGGUUUCUUCCAAUUUAUACCUCAUCUAACUGUUUUGGAUUUGUCAAGAAACAUUUGGUUACAAGUGCUGCCUAAGGAAAUUUCGGAAUUGAUUUCACUAGAAUGCCUUGAUCUAUCUAGGACUGGUAUAGUAAAGUUGCCAAUAGAGUUGAAAAUGUUGACAAAACUAAAAAUGUUGGACUUGAGAUAUAUGGAUAAUCUCAUAAAAAUCCCACAACAAUUGAUAUCUAGUUUUUCCAAGUUGCAAAUAUUCAGAAUGUGGUCCCUGCGAAAAAAGCAUUAUCGUAAUGAAGACAAUGUUUUGAAUGGGGGUAAUGAAAAGCUUAUAGAGGAGUUGAAAGAUUUGCAACGUUUGAAUAUACUAUGGAUAUCGACACUAUGUUUCGGCGGUUUCAAAAAUAUGGAGGAGAUGAAAAUGGAAAAGCUGCAUACCUGGGUUUCUUCAAGUACUAAUUAUACUUCAUGCUUUCACACAUUGAGCGCAGUUAAAAUCAUUCAGUGUGUGAAAUUGAGAGACAUGAGCUGGUUGAUUCUUGCUCCAAAUUUAAGAGAUCUUGUUAUAUCUUGGUGUCCAGAAAUGGAAGAAAUAUUGAGUGAGGAAAAACUUGGUGAAGUUGCAGGUGUGAUUGGAAUUUCAUACCCUAAACCAUUUUUGAAGCUUGAAUCACUUCGAUUACAUAAUCUACCAAAAUUGAAGAGCAUAUACUGGGAUGCCCUACCCUUCCCAUGUCUGAAACUUGUUCAUAUAGUGGCAUGCCAAGAACUGAAGGAACUUCCCUCAACUCAGACAGUGCAAAAGGAAAUCAGCUUACCACUAGGGACCCAAAAGUUGGUGGGCAAGAGUAGAAUGGGAAAAUGA